AUGGUGCUGAAAGAAGAGACUCUUCAAUGGAAUGAAAUGGAAGAGAAACAGCAGUUUGAGAAACCCCAAGACAUGACGACUGAUGAAAAACCCACACUGACUAAGAAGACUUCAUCACGCGGAAGACCUCGGAAAUCCAAAUCUAGGUGUAAUUUCAGCUGUAAACAGUGUGGAAAGAGUUUCAGUCAAAAACCAAAGCUUGAUGAUCACAUGAAAGUUCAUACUAGGAAGAAAACCUGCACCUACAAACAGUGUGGAAAGAGUUUCUAUAAUACAGGAAAUUUAACCGUGCACAUGAGAAUUCACACCGGAGAGAGGCCGUACACGUGCCAACAGUGUGGAAAAGGCUUCUAUAAUGCUGUAAACUUAACAGUGCACAUGAGACUUCACACUGGGGAGAGACCGUACACAUGCCAACAGUGUGGGAAAGGCUUCUGUACAACAGGAAACUUGGCAGUGCACAUGAGAAUUCACACUGGGGAGAAGCCUUACUCUUGCCCUCAGUGUGGAAAGAGUUAUAAGCAAAGUAGCACCCUUGAAGGCCACAUGAGAACUCACGAUGGAGAGAGAAAUUUUACUUGCACACAGUGUGGGAAAAAUUUUGCUCAUAAACAAAACCUUGUUAUCCACACAAGGAUUCACACUGGAGAGAAACCUUACUCAUGCGCAAAGUGUGGUAAAAGUUUCCCAUAUAGGAGCACACUCAAUCACCACAUGAUAGGUCACACAGGAGCGAAGCCGUUUGUAUGUGCUCAGUGUGGAAAGAGCUUCACAACCAAAGCUAACCUCACAAACCACAUAGAUGGUCAGACUGGAACCAUAGUGUUCACAUGUGAUGAGUGUGGAAAGAGUCUCACACGCAAAGACUCCAUUAAGAAACACAUGAAGAUUCACUCAGGAGAGCGUUUUAGAUGCAGUGAGUGUGGAAAGGGCUUUAAACGUAAAAGAAGCCUCAGCGCUCAUAUGAAGCUUCACAUUGGAGAGCAGACUCCUCAAAAUUAAGGCCUUGUCCACAAAAACACGGGUACAGUUUGGCUGUUCAUUCAGUGAAGUUUAUUUAUAAACUACUUUCCAGAGGAUCAUAUGCUUAUGAUUGUCAACGGCUGGUACCGCAUUAGCUAUCACAUGAUUCACCAUUCAGAUGAUUCCUAACUCACUAUAAAUAUCCAGAGUUUCUUACUCAGUUAGCUUCAUCUUGAAGAAUCCCCCUCCCACCCCUACACCACCUCCUUUUUAAAUUGGACACCAUGGCAGCCCAGUGGUUAGCACUGUUGCCUCACAGCAAGAAUGUCUCUGGUUAAAGUCCCUACUGAACCAGUUGAUAUUUCUGUGUGGAGUUUGCUCAUUCUUACCGUGCUCACGCGAGUUUCCCCUUCGUUCCCCCCACAGUCCAAAAACACGCGACCUAGGUAAACUGAAUAUUAUAAAUUGGCACCAUAGUCGAGCUCUUAGUAAGCCAUAUAUCACUCUUUAGCCAUCCCUAUAUCUGUCAUUAGAACAGAACCAUACAGGGCAGUUCAUCGAGAUCUACCUGAGCUCAAACUUUUUUAUGAGCUUAGGUCUCUCCCGUGACAGCAUGCCAAACAAGUGUGAACUCUUGAAAACAUAUCAAGUUAAUGGAAAUUAACCAUUUGAACACCUGAAAACUCAAUAACUGAAGAGGGGUGAAGAUUUUGACUGUUUUGUAGAGUAGAUUAGGGGUCACAGCCCAGUACCAGCUACCGGGCUGCAAGAAUGCAGAGUAACUCUGUAUGUUGAGUAUCGGCAUCUGAAAAGGUGUGAACCAAAUGACCUACAGGAACUCAAAAGUUGUUACCCAACCACAGGAGUUGGGUAAUUUCCGGGGGGUUACAUCCUUUGUUAUAAAGUAGUGUCUCACAGACAGUACUUUGGGUUAAGUUACCAACGAGUUAACAUCACUGCUGAGGAACUGCACUAUUCAAUAAAAUCUUCUCCCCGUAAGAACUUUGGUCAGCUUACUUAUUUGAUGUAUUAAAGUCAUCUACACAUUGGCAAGCCACCCAAGAAUGGUUAAGCCAAAUACAGCAAAAUCUAACAUUGGGCCUGUUUCAGUAAAGAGGUUCAACCAACUCUGAGUUUAAACUUGAAGUCUGAGUUGUCUUACCGUGAGAUUAAAAACUCAGGGUUUUCAGUUUCAGAACAGCCGAUCUGAGUUAGAUAAAUCAACUUUGAGUAGACCAACUCAGAGUUAAGCGCGUAGGCAACCACCUAGGAAUGAUAUUGAAGUGCAGACUUACUGUGACUUACUGUGUUGAAGUGGGACAUCUGCAAGUUACAGUACAUGUGGACCACCUGUUACCAUCAAGGUCUUCAGAAAGACAAAAUGAAUGGAUUUCGGAUGAUCUUUUCGAUGAUCUGCCAGUUCAGAAAGCUGGGACAUCAAACCCACAAGUUCAUCCUGAUGAGUUACCAGAAGUGAUACAUGAACCACGUUAUACAACAAGGCAAAGAAAACCACCACAAAGGCUUAAUCUUUAAGUAUGAGUUAGGAGACAUCUAAAGUAAAACAGUCUGAAAACAUCUGAAAGUAUCUGAGAAAGACAAAUAUUGAGCUUUUGCAGACACAGACAGCACUACAAGGCCAGAUGGAGAUCAGUCUACUAGGGGACGCAGCGCAGGAGAGUCACGAUAGCCUACAGUCACUUUACAUUCACAGACAGACUUUUCCUUCAGGAAGUGUUAUGAGGUGGCCAUCUUCCUCAAAUCUGUCCAUCCAGCUUU